AUGAAGCCUGUGGUAUAUCUGACAUUUUACUUUUUUUUUCUUUCAGGAAUUAGGGACAGCAUAAAGGCAGCCUUCAGUGAAGCCCUUCACUUUGAUGCGGGGCUCCUAUAUGAGUACCAGUACGACACAUCUGUGACAGUGGCUCCCAUUUCUGUGGUUCUUGGAGAGGUCACUGCUAUCACCAUAGAAGCAUUCAUGCAGAUCCACUCACUAUGGAGGAACCAUGACAGCCAGGAAGAAGAACAACUUCUGCACUUAAGGAUCCGCAAUUUAAAACUAAAACCCAAUUCAAAUGACACCAUCAACAAACACUUGGAUGUGGAUGAGAUGUUUGGUUACUCUGACCACAUAAAGGAACCAUUUCUUGUGCAUAUCCACUCAGGGAAGAUUAAAGGAGUUUUUGAUACUUCUACAAACAACACAGUAAGCCUGAAUUUCAAAAAAGGACUAGCGUCUCUACUGCAAAUUCAAAGUCCUUCUGGGGUUAUGAUGGAAGAUGAUACAACAGGACGAUGCCAAGUCUCAUACUACACAUUUAAAGAUGAAAUUGUCAAAGUCAAAGAAUAUGAGAGCUGUGAAAAGAAUGUGACUGAUAGCAUGCUUUCUGAACAGAUUCUGGGGGUGAGUUCAGUUGGUAGCUCUCAAACAGUUUUCAUCAUGGAGGGUAGUAUUAUCAAAUCUGUAACAUCACAUGAAUUCCGUUCACUGGUAUUAGAUGAACAGACUACAGUUGGAUUCCAAAUUUCCUCAAGGCAGCUCCUGCAGCUCUUAUCAAUAACCUCUUACCAUAAUGAAGAAUCCCAGGAGGGGGUGCAGGAGGUUCUCAGCUCUCUCAAGGCGAGCUUUGUGAAUCAUUCUAUUCAUGCCAUACCUGUUGUUAGACAGCAGGCUCCCAAUGGAUAUCCAAUUUCUAAUCUCUUAGAACAUUUGAAAGUAAAUAUAAUGGACCAGUCAAUAACAGCAAAGGUGUUCCUCCAGCUGUCCAAAACCUUGCGAAAAAUGAAAAUGACUGAAAUUAAAGCCAUUUUCAAAAAGGCUGAUGACAAGCUUGUUCCCAUACUAAUAGAUGCUGCAGCAGCUGCGGCCACACCAGCAUCACUGGACGCCCUCAUUUCAUAUAUUAACAUCACAAACCCAAAGACAGCUCCACUGCUAGAAAAACUCCUUUAUGCAUGUGCAUUUUCCUCUCAGCCAUCCACUCAUUUGAUAAACACCAUCCAUCACAUUCUUUCCCACACAUCUGCACAGACACAUGAACUUGCUCUCAUUGUUCUUGGGACAGUGAUAAGAAAAAUGUGCUCUGCUAACAUGUGCAACUUGAAGGAAGUAGAGAAUGCUAAGAGAGUUCUUCUUGAAGGAGUGAGUGCAUCCAAAGAGGAAACCGAGCUAAAGUCAUACCUACUAGCCCUAAAAAGUGCUCUUCUUCCAGAAACAGUGCCUGUCCUUCUCAAGUAUAUUGAUGAGUCCAAUUCAUUGUCAAGCAUUGUACUCUCAGCCUUGCAAGCCUUUCCAUCUAAACAUAUUACUAAGGAGGUUAAGGCACACGUAAGAGAUGUUUUUAGCCAACGAAGCAAGCACUUUGCAGCACCGGUGCGCCUGGCCGCUGCUCAGCUCCUGCUCACACAUGAUCCUCUGCACACAGAUGUCAGAGACUUGAUACAGAAAAUAGCAGAGGAGAAACCUGAGGUCUCCAAGUUCCUUACCUCUAAAUUGAUGAGUAUGAUAUCAUCAGAUCACCCUGCCAGGAAGGUAAUUCUUAAUGUUUUAAAAGAGUCCAAGCAGAACAAUUACUUCCAUCUUGGGCGUGUCGGCUGUUCCUCAUCAUAUACUGGGCUCAUGACAGAUACCAAGGACAUGGUUACAAUGUAUGACUUUGAUUUCCUAUUCUCUGACGCUGGAGUUCUAAAACAAAGUAAUAGUAAUUUCUUUACUCAAACCAGAGGCAGACGUUUGCAUUCACUGCAGGUGUCUUUAGAAGUGGCUGGUCUUGACUCAUUGCUUGGGAGUGAGCCAGAUGAGGGAGAGGAGGAAGAGGAACUAAUGGCAGGAAUGUCAGCCAUGUUGCUGGGUGUGCAGAUCCAACCCAUUAUCUUUUUUAAGGGUUAUGCUGACCUGCUGAGCAAGUAUUUCUCAGCAGCUGAAGGGCCAAUGAACAUUCUCUCUGGAAAUAUUCUGGUUGUUGAUCACACACAGAGUCUUAUCCUUCAGUCUGGCCUGGAAACUCAGGUUUUUUUUCAUGGAGGCCUUUCUGUUGAUAUGUCAGUUGACUUAGAAUUCAGUUUAUUCAGUCAGGAGUCAAAAAGCUCAGUCAACAACAAGUUCUCACUCAUUGUCAGUGCCAGAGCUGGAGUGGGUGCUCCACUUAUGAACACUACAGCUGAGACCACAGUAGAGAUGAACUCUUCAAUUGGUUUUAUCACCACUGUUGACUUCUCUGACAUGCCUGUACAGUACUGCUUGCAGCUUAUUAAAGAGCCUCUCCUUUACAGAGAGAAAACGUCUACGCAAGUUACUAGUCAGAACAGAAACAAAAUUAUUGAACAAAGAAAACGAAAAUGGACUCUACCAGGAGAAGAGACAGCACUCCACAAGGACAACACAAAGAUGUGUAGAAAACUACUUAAUCUAAACACAAAAUAAAACAAAUGGACCUGACAGGGUUUACAGCACAUAAAGGCCAUAUAGAAUAAUGGGGAAUCACACUAGAGAGUCAUCCUGGGAUUGUAUUGUAAUGAAUAUUCAUACCAAAAAAAAAAAAGAUCCACCACUGUUACAGGAUUCAACUCUUAAAGUUCUGUUUGUAUUGUAACUGCAUAAUGAAGAAUAUGUUUAAAAGAUAUAAUGAAGAAUUUAUUCAGUGUAGUCAGUUUUUAUAACUCACCAAAAUGCAUAGUACUGUAGAUAUUUUCCUGUAGCCCAUGCAUACUUUUUCAUUUAUUAAUAUUUCAGCUAUAUUAAUAUUAAUGUUCAAUGCUUUUUUCAAUUGUAUGGCACAGGUAUGCUGUCUGUAACCCAUAACAUUAUAAAUCAUCAUAGUUUGUUGGUUGCAUGAUAAGUAAGUAUUAUAGGUGGUGUCAUGUCUGCAGGCUCCAGCCUGCCUCCCUUGAACUACAUUCUCUAUAAUCCUCCUGUCCAUUUCUCUGAUUAUUAGUUUCACCUGUGUUUAAUUAUUUCCCAUGUCACUAUUUCUGUUUUGACUUUGUGAAGUCAUACUUAAUGAUUGUCUAGCUUUUCUAGUGCCUGUUCUUACCUCUUGUGUGUUUUUGGACCUUUGUUGGUUUUUGCCUGUCCCUUGUCUGGUUGCCUGAAAAUGUAUGUAUAUCUUCAACAU